AUGGCUGAAGAACCAGCUACUGUGCCCGCGCCGGUGUCAGCGCCAGACUCAACCGUCCCUGCAGCUGCACCAGCACCUGCCGAGGGUGCACCAGCGGCUGUAAAUGGUGAUGCUACAGACGGUCCUAAGAAACUCUCGCCAGCAGAAUUGAAAAAGCAGAAACAGGCCGAAAAGCAGGCCAAAAGAGCGCAGGCUAAGGCUGCAGGAGGUGCACCCAACCAACAGCAAGGGCCCCCGAAAGAUGGUCAAAAGCAGCAGAAAGACUCGAAGCAAACAUCAAAAGACGACAAGUCAAAGCCUCUCCCAGUACGGCGACGACCAUCGCAGCAAAAUGUGCCAAAUUCAAAAGAACCAGAGAAGAAAUCGAAGAAAGACUUGAGUUCAAAGCAAACAGGCUUGUUUUUUGGCCACUUAUACAGCCAACCCAAGCAGCAGUCCCUUGUCGGAGCAUCAAAAGAUGUACAUCCGGCGGUCCUUGCACUUGGCCUUCAAUACAGCAGCUACACCAUCUGUGGUAGUACAGCGCGCAUGGUAGCCAUGCUUCUAGUGUUCAAGACGGUCAUUGAAGCCUACCAGACGCCUCCAGGUAACAGCUUGGCUCGCCAUCUUACCAGCCAUCAUCUCGGUCCCCAGAUUGAGUUCUUGAAGAGCUGUAGACCUCUCAGCAUUAGUAUGGGAAACGCCAUCAGGUGGCUGAAGGACGUCAUCAUCAAAAUAGAUCCAUCGACCCCUGAGAAUGAGGCUAAGCGCGAUCUUAUUGAGGAGAUUGACAUCUUCAUUCGUGAACGUGUCACAGCUGCGGACAGACUCAUCCGCGACCUGGCAGCCACCAAAAUCCAAGCAGGCGACGUAAUUCUGGUUUAUGCAGCAUCUUCUAUUGUUGAGCAGACCAUAAUACAUGCUCACGAGUCUGGCAUCCCGUUCACGGUCAUUGUGGUCGAUUCGAAGCCACUCUUCGAAGGCAAGCAAUUGGCACGGAAGCUCGCAAACCGUGGCAUCACUGUUCGUUACUACCUCGUCACUGGAGCCUCACACGCCGUAAAGGACGCCACCAAGGUCUUUCUGGGAGCCCAUGCCAUGAUGUCCAACGGUCGUCUCUACUCGCGCGUUGGUACCGCCCUAAUUUCCAUGCUCGCCUACUCGCACUCCAUCCCCGUCAUCGUCCUCUGCCAAUCUGUCAAAUUCACAGAGAAAGUCGCACUCGACUCCAUUGUAGGAAACGAAGUCGCCCCCGCCGAAGAAAUGCUCUCCGAAGCCGAGCGUCGCGCUCUCCUCCCCCUCAAAUCUCGUCUUCCCACCUCCAAAAGUGACGACAAAACGGGCGCCGAAGACGCGCCCGCUGACACGACCGACGUCCUGAAAUGGAUCGAAGAAGCAAAAAACCUGCAUCACCUCCAGGUUCUCUACGACGUUACUCCCGCACAGUACAUCAACAUGGUUAUCACCGAAUACGGGAGCUUGCCGCCCAGCUCGGUCCCCGUCGUCCACCGCCUGAGAACUGAAGAGCAGGAAAUUACGCCUUCCAAGAAGGGCAUACGUCAGGCUACUGGGUGGUAG